CACGGCAACGUCACGGAGCACGUGCGCGCGCCCGCGGACAGCGCGCCGUCGAGCGCGCGCCCACCGCCCGCGCGUCACGCGCUCUCUCUCUUGCGACAUGGACGUGCUUUCCGAUGACGAUGAAUACGCGCGCCGCGAACGACAGAUCAGCAAUCUCGUGGCGACGCGGAACGAAGCUGCUGGAGGCGGUGCGGCCGUGCAGCGAGUGGGCGCCGCUGUCUGCUGCGCCGUUGAGCGCUUCGUGGCCGUCGGCGAGACCAUCGCUGACGACAACCCCGAUGUGAGGCACAACAUGGUACUCGCCUGUAAAGAAGCUAGAGCAGCGGGGGGAUUUGUACCCAAAGAUCCUGAAGAAAUAGAUAAGUACUACGCAGUGUAUCCUAGUCCAGCGCCGGGACCGUCCAUUCCACAUUUGACCACCUCGAUGCAAAUAGAUGUUGCCAAAGAGUGUAUAACCAGUGACGGUCGACGUGUGAAAGAUGGUCAUAAAAUAUCAGUGUGGUGCUCAAACUGUGCCUGUCAGGAUAGAGAGUUGAGAUGCAUUCCGCGGGACUGCUCUGUACCCAGUGGGUGUAACCGUCUACCUAUUACUUCAGAAGCUAAAGACUUGUGCUGUGGCGAUUUAGUCUGUAACUCGGUGGAAUCUACAACAACUCCUAUCGCAAUAACAACGGAAAAUCAAAUAGUUGAUGAUACAAGAGUUAAGGUAGAAAAGUUCUCGAUAAAACAAAAAAAUGAUUCACAAUCUCAAACUGACAAUCAAUAUGAACUCAAAACAGAACAGAAUAUUAAACCUGUCGAAGUUAAUUCCGUUAAGGAUGGAACUGAUGGGAUAUUUACUACAACACUGCCACCACCGACAGUCACUGCUGCAGAAAUAAUUACAACACCAGUUUUUGUCACUGAAAAGAUACAACCCAAUGAAACCAAUUCUAACGAGUAUGAAGAUGAUGAAGACGAUUCCUCGUUUGGAAGUUUACUUCAGUUGCUAUUAAGUGGUGAAAUCGAAUCCACUACAGCGAAACCUAAAACCACCAUGAAAACCAGUACUACCACGAGUACUGCAAGACCAUAUCGACCCACUUUGAAGCCAUUCAUUCCCUUACCGCCUCGUCCCUACAUUCCACCAUAUAAAGCGUCAGUCAACAGAAUAGACCACUUAGUCUUAGGAGAAGCUACAGCUAUACACACCACCCAAAGAUCCGAGCUGAAAACGAAUAGACCUGAAAUCACAAGAUCACCAGCCGUCACCGAGAAAGACAAGCUAUCGGUACAGUAUACUUCGGUGACGCACGAAGGACCCAGACCACCAAAUCUUGGUUUGGGAGGAGGAAUCUUGAAGAUAUCAGGCUGUAAUAUUUACGGAAAAAUGUAUGGCGUGGGACAUUUUGUUCCUGAACUAACAACAAAAUGCCAAGAGUGCUGGUGUGCUGAUUAUGGAGUACAGUGCAAGUCUAAAGGAUGUUAGAUGUUUUAGUUAAACGGGUAUUAUGAAUUUCAACUGCUAACUGAGCUAAUUCAACAGCUUCUAAUUCAAACAUCAAACAAGGAUCGGUUGUAACAAUACGGCCUACUGUGAUGUGCUUGAACAGAUUCAUUUUAGUGUAGUGUUAAUAAUUAUAUGUUGCUAGAAUACGGAUAAUUUAUAUUGAUUUUAUUGUAUAGAGCGUUGGAAAAGGUUUUUGACGAGUUCUAGUUAUGAUUAUAAAAACUUUUUCUGUAUAAUCAGACUAUAAACGUAACCUCAUUCGCUGUGAAACAAGUUUUAAAUUCAAGUUGUACCACAACUUCCUAUUGUAAUAAAUCGGUCAUUGAUCUCAGAAAAUCAUGACACUAAAGUAAAAUUUCAUAGGAUAACCAAAACUUAAGGAUUUUUAUAUAUAAUUAUAAAAGAUAAGUCUAUGUCGGUAUUGUUAAAGGUUCUUUAUAUUUCCUUCUAUCCAGCCUUCUAAAUGUAAUGGACAUAAAAGGCUAAGGACGAGCGCCUUGGAAGCAAAUUUCGAUUCAAGCCGUUGUGAUGCGUAGCUGAGAAUACAUACCGAGCUUGUUAGCCAUCUGUCUUAGAUUUUGGUAGUUUAAUGAGGUAUUAACUUGUGUGACCGGACUGUCAGUGUGAUGUGGCUCCUUAAUAACAAUACUUAAUUAGUAAGGAUAGGACAGCGUUUGUUGAAACAUAAUUAAAAGAAACUCGUCCCAAACCAAAGGCCGGUGGUAGACUAAUUAUUGAAAAGAUAAAUCCAAAUGAUUAAUCGUCAGCUAAUAAAUUUACCUGGUAACGCUAUUAGAAAUAAGCUGGGUCGAGUCGCACGUACUGUUGUUUGUUUUUCUAUUCCAUUUAUGUAUAUGUUGACUUCAACAAAAGACUGAGCUGGGGGAUACCAUGAAGGGGUCUCUGAAUAAUUCAGAGACCCUUCAUGGCAUUUGCUGAGCGAAAGAGUCCUUAAAACUAGAAACAACAGUAACAAGUUCUUAAAAAGUUCCCUACAGCAGGCAUCGGCUAGACUAUACCUCUGAAGUUGCUAAUGGUUUUGACAGUGACAGAGGCUAAUAUAUCACUUAGCCCAUAUUUGGGACUGCCUUCAGAACGAAUGAAAAAUAUUAUAUUCUGUAAAAUAAAAUAAAUUGU